UUGGCAUCACGUGACAAUGCCAGUCUCCGCCUCCGCACCUCUUUUGGUUUUGGGCGUAGGGCCCUGUGGAGACGUAAACAUCCCUGAGACCGUGAGGUGACCGGUGCUGCCCGUGUAAACGGCCAGCCGGCCGCGGGAGAGUAGCUUGUUUGAGCUCCGGCUCUGGUCACCGCCGUUCCUCCGCCGGUGACGCCCCCGCAAAGGCUUCGCCGUCGCCGAGGCCAUCGCUCAGCGACCCGUCGCCCCCAGUUCUCUUCACUCGGUUUUCCCUGCCAACCGCAACCAUUGACGCCAUGUCGAGUUAUUCCAGUGACCGAGACCGCGGCCGGGAUCGAGGAUUUGGUGCACCUCGAUUUGGAGGGAGUAGGGCAGGACCCCUGUCUGGAAAGAAGUUUGGAAAUCCUGGGGAGAAACUAGUUAAAAAGAAGUGGAAUCUUGAUGAGCUGCCCAAAUUUGAGAAGAACUUUUAUCAAGAACACCCUGAUUUGGCUAGGCGCACAGCACAAGAGGUAGACACAUACAGAAGAAGCAAGGAAAUUACAGUUAGAGGUCACAACUGCCCAAAGCCCGUUCUAAAUUUCUAUGAAGCAAACUUCCCUGCAAAUGUCAUGGAUGUGAUUGCAAGACAGAACUUUACUGAACCCACUGCUAUUCAAGCUCAGGGAUGGCCAGUUGCUCUAAGUGGAUUGGAUAUGGUUGGAGUAGCUCAGACUGGAUCUGGGAAAACGUUAUCUUAUUUGCUGCCUGCCAUUGUCCACAUAAAUCAUCAGCCAUUCCUAGAGAGAGGUGAUGGGCCUAUUUGCUUGGUGCUGGCACCAACUAGGGAACUGGCCCAGCAGGUGCAGCAGGUUGCUGCAGAAUACUGUAGAGCUUGUCGCCUGAAGUCUACUUGCAUCUAUGGUGGUGCUCCCAAGGGACCACAGAUUCGUGAUUUGGAGAGAGGUGUGGAAAUCUGUAUUGCAACACCUGGAAGACUGAUUGACUUUUUAGAGUGUGGGAAAACCAAUCUGAGAAGAACAACCUACCUUGUCCUUGAUGAAGCCGAUAGAAUGCUUGAUAUGGGGUUUGAACCCCAGAUAAGGAAAAUCGUGGAUCAGAUAAGACCUGAUAGGCAAACCUUGAUGUGGAGUGCGACUUGGCCAAAAGAAGUAAGACAGCUUGCUGAAGAUUUCCUGAAAGACUAUAUUCAUAUAAACAUUGGUGCACUAGAACUGAGUGCAAACCACAACAUUCUUCAGAUUGUGGAUGUGUGUCAUGACGUAGAAAAGGAUGAAAAACUCAUUCGUCUGAUGGAAGAGAUCAUGAGUGAAAAGGAGAAUAAAACCAUUGUUUUUGUUGAAACCAAAAGAAGAUGUGAUGAGCUUACCAGAAAAAUGAGGAGAGAUGGGUGGCCUGCCAUGGGCAUCCAUGGUGACAAGAGUCAACAGGAACGUGACUGGGUUCUAAAUGAAUUCAAACAUGGGAAAGCUCCUAUUCUGAUUGCUACCGAUGUGGCCUCCAGAGGGCUAGAUGUGGAAGAUGUGAAAUUUGUCAUCAAUUAUGACUACCCUAACUCCUCAGAGGAUUAUAUUCAUCGAAUUGGAAGAACUGCUCGCAGUACCAAAACAGGCACAGCAUACACUUUCUUUACACCUAAUAAUAUAAAGCAAGUGAGCGACCUUAUCUCUGUGCUUCGGGAAGCUAAUCAAGCAAUUAACCCCAAGUUGCUUCAGUUGGUUGAAGACAGAGGUUCAGGUCGUUCCAGGGGUAGAGGAGGCAUGAAGGAUGAUCGUCGGGACAGAUACUCUGCGGGCAAAAGGGGUGGAUUUAAUACCUUUAGAGACAGGGAAAAUUAUGACAGAGGUUAUUCUAGUCUGCUUAAGAGAGAUUUUGGGGCAAAAACUCAGAAUGGUGUUUACAGUGCUGCAAAUUACACCAAUGGGAGCUUUGGAAGUAAUUUUGUGUCUGCUGGUAUACAAACCAGUUUUAGGACUGGUAAUCCAACAGGGACUUACCAGAAUGGUUAUGAUAGCACUCAGCAAUAUGGAAGCAAUGUUGCAAAUAUGCACAAUGGUAUGAACCAACAGGCAUAUGCAUAUCCUGCUACUGCAGCUGCUGCACCUAUGAUUGGCUAUCCAAUGCCAACAGGAUAUUCUCAAUAAGACUUUAGAAGUAUAUGUAAAUGUCUGUUUUUCAUAAUUGCUCUUUAUAUUGUGUGUUAUCAGACAAGAUAGUUAUUUAAGAAACAUGGGAAAUGCAGAAAUGACUGCAGUGCAGCAGUAAUUAUGGUGCACUUUUUCGCUAUUUAAGUUGGAUAUUUCUCUACAUUCCUGAAACAAUUUUUAGGUUUUUUUUGUACUAGAAAAUGCAGGCAGUGUUUUCACAAAAGUAACUGUACAGUGAUUUGAAAUACAAUAAAUGAAGGCAAUGCAUGGCCUUCCAAUAAAAGAUAUUUCAAGACUGAAUUAAGUGGAAAUUGUACUUUAUUUUACAUAUAAUGUCAUGUAAAACUUUGCUUAGAUAGUAUGUUGUUGGGGUUUUGUUGGGAGGUUUUGUUAUUUUUUUUUAGACAAACUGAAAUUGACUACUUUCCCAUUCUUUGUUUAGGCCUGGGGGGAGGGGAAUCAGAAGGCCCUUUAAUCUGUUCCUGUUAGAAGAAUUUAAGGGUACUGAGUAAAUUCAUAUUCUAGGAUAAACUGCAUAAAAGUUUUGUUUUCAGCUUCAGGAGUCAUUUACUAGCCUAAUUUCCUUAUACCUUAGAAGGAGCAAAUAAAAACUGGAACAGGAAAUCACCUUAGAAUGACAGUAUGGAUGACUGUUAACUUUUAAAUAACUUGAUUUUUCAAAACUUUAUUCAUGCUCUUGGCUCUAUUGUGAACUGCCAAGAUGAACAGAGUUGAAAGACUUUCUGCCUAAGAGCUGGGCUGGAGUCCUUAACAAUUUGCACCCUGUCCUUGGUAUGGGUUACCUGUAGGUAGAUCUAGUCUUCACAGACUCCCCAGGGUGCUUAACCAGUCAUGCUGGGAGUCAUGAAUGUCUUUACAAUAAAUAAUUCAGGGAAUUCUAGAGGUCCUUUCAAACUGUAAUGUCUAAUUAAACUCCAACACAAGAAAGAAAACCUCAUCAAAAUUACUAAGGAGGCAACAUAACCAAAAGCACAGUAAAUACAGGUCUUGCAGGUUAGGUUCAGCAUGGGCUUUAAUGCCGGAAAGAUCCAGGCAAUAGCUUUAUAUCUAACGGGCUCACCAACCUGUUUAUUUCAGCAGUGGCUAGUAGGUCUAAAUGUCUUCCCAGAGUGGUGAUUUGCCCAGGACAAUGAAACUUCAUUUAAAAUUUGAUUUUUUUUUUUUAUUUAAGAGUAGUCUUUGAUGUUAAUGCCUUAUGGAGAUGUAAAGCAAAUUAGAAGAUGCUAGGGCUGGGGGCUGGAAUAUAGGGAGUGGUAUUUCCAGGACUGGUAUUGAACGUGGAUUCAUCCUCUAGUAUAGGACUACCCUGAGUGGUUCCAAUGGCAUGGUUAGUCAAAUUCAUAACUUUUAACUUAGAAGCUAUUGGGCUAGUUUGGAGCAUUUAUUACAUCUUAUACUGUUUAAUGUCUUAAUGUGGGCCUUUUAAUUUGUAAAUAUUUAUGGAAAUGAUUGUGGGGCUGUGAAAAAACGUGAAAUUUUAAAGACAGUCCACUUUUUAGCAUGUGUGUUGUGUCCAGCCUGUGGUUGUCUUAACUAAUAAAUGUGAUUUUUCUCCCCA